GGGGAAUUGACAGGGAAUAGGUAUAAAUACGCGAUGUUGGCAGAUGUCAGCGCUUAGUAGCACAUUCAAAUAGCAAAUAGACAGAACAACUUGCAAAAUGUGUCAACGAUUUGGCAUAUAUGUGACAUUAUUGGUAGUUUGCCUCACCAACUUGCAGGCGGCUGUCAUACGUCCGGAGGAGCAACAGAAGAUGGCAAUGGAAGGCGUUAGCACCACAGUGGAGCCAGUGGAAAGCACCACAGUGUCAGCACAGAGUCGCGACAAGGAUGCCACUGUGCAAAUUGAAGAACAUGAAAUGUUUGCCAGUUUAGAUCCUGCACCCGGCACAAUUGAAGGUGAUCUCAGUGUGCGUCUGGACGAGCAGCCACAUCAGCAGAAGUCGGCCAAGUUGCUGCUGCUGAGCACACCAGCUAAACGACCUGCUGAAGUGGAACAGCAGCUGGAGGAGCAGGAUGAGAGCGAGACCGCAAAUGCUGGGAGUGCUGAGGCCAACGUGACGACCACAACGGAGCAGGAGCAGGAGCAACAAGAUAACGCCACAACCAUGGAGUACACUGAGACAACAACAACAGCAAGCACAACAACAACAACAGCUACAACAGCGGCGACAACAAAACUGUUUGCCAUCAAUGCGACAAUAUCCUCGAAGGACUCGACGGAGCCAAACGUUGCCGUUGCCUUUGCCACAGACAAUGCCACAAUUGCGAUUGGCGAACAGCCGCAGCCAGCUGGCAAUAACAAUGUGGCUAUUGAGCUGGCCCUCACCGAACCGGAGGCAGAGUACGUGCUGCUUGAUCUGGCAUCCGUCUCAUCCUCAUCCUUAUCCUCAUCGGCCACACAUGAUGAACUGCAGCUGGGCAGCUUCACACACAUUGACAGCGAUGCCCAUUUGCAGCCAGUGGUGCAUUCUGUGGAAAUCGUGCCCACCCGCUUUGAUGAUCCCCUGAUUGUCAAUUAUGUGCACAAUUUCCGCUGAUUUCCCCCACUUUCUCUUCACCAGCCAAAUCCCAAAAGGACACAUCACAUCGCUGUGGCCACAAGUUAAAGUUUGUUUUUAUGUUUUAACCACAAGCAUCUUAAAAUGCAUUCAACGAAUUAUAUUUAAGCAAUUUACAAUAAAUACAAUCCAAUUUUAUAAUAA